CGGCAGCCUGUGGCAGCGUGGGCGCAGCAGUGGCCCUGCAGAGGAUCCCUGAGGAGGCAUCUGUCUGUAGAAGCAGUUGCUGCAGAGGGUGAAGUCUGCCUGUGAGUUGUCCUCAGCUGGAAGAGACAGGCCUGGGCCCAACACUGCCAGCAGCCAGACAGCCGCAGCGGCUGCACUGACAGCAGCAGGACACGGCAUGAUGGUGAGAUCUUUUUGCUCCUGUUUUGCCCUGUAAACAGAAAACUGGAAUGUACCAAAACCACACCAAAGAAACCAACAACAACUGCAAUAAAAGCCUUCUCUGUGGUCACAAGGAAAAGCUCAUCCAGGCUAUUAAAAGAAUCAAGCAUGAGGUAGAUGAGAGCAGAGAAGCAGAGAGAGAGACAUACAUAGAAUCGGUGGAAGUAGAGAACAGGUUUGAUGACCUGGAAAUGGAAAUCAAAGCAGAGUUUCAGAACCUGCAUCGCUUCCUGGAUGAGGAGGAGUGUAGGGACCUGGAGCGACUGAGGAGGGAGAGACAGAAACAACUGAAGCAGCUGAAGGAGAGAGAGAAGAAAAUAGCCGAACAAGGGCGAGACCUGGAAAAAGCCAUCGCAGUGCUCAACAGCAAGCUGACCGAGGAGGAUAGUCCUAAGCUGCUCAAAGUGAGGAAGAGUUUCACUGAAUAA